AUGGACCAAAACAAUGCGUGGUUCGCCAUUCCUAGACUGCCCGGGAAGUUACUUAUUGUUUAUUAUGCUGAAAGAUCACAAAAUUUUCGCGGUACUGCAAGAUUUGAUAUUCAACCAAAACAAGUCCGUGAAUGGAAAAGUCAAAAAUCGCAGUUACAAUCACCGGAUAAAGGUAGCUGA